AUGAAUUUGCAACAUCCGACGCUGUUGCUAGCACUUAUUGCUCUGACAUGUUGUUACGUGAUUUGUACGAAAAUGGAAAGGGCACAGUAUCCAGGAAUUUUCGGUGGUUCAUACGGCAAAGUCAGGAAGUGGUGGAGAGCGGAAUAUCAUGGACACAGGCCAAGACUGUCUAAUCAAUGGCGUAGCAAAGAAGAUGUGGACAUUGUUCCUGAGCCAUCGACCAAUCGAGCUUCAAACUUGAUGAUACCUGGUGAUGUACUUUAUGAGGUACCCGAUGAUGGCAGUAAAUUGGGUCUGAAAGCAUAUGAUAUGGGUGGACGCAAGAAUAUUUUGGCAGGAAGCAAAUAUAGGGGGAAGUAUCCAUCAGGAAAAAGGAAAAAGUUGAUCCGUCAAAGUGUGUGGGACAGAAAGACGGGUGGACCAUGUGAACGAUGGUAUCUGUUGUGCCGUAAUGGAAAAGCGAAGAAAAUUUUUUGUGCUAAUGAGAUGUAUUGGAAUGGUGAUAAAAAUCGUUGUGAGCCAAAGACCAAUAUUGUCUAUUGUCGGUUGAAGUUUGACUGUUCUGGAAUGGAUGAUGGUAUUUACGUCAACGGCUGUUCGAAUGUCUACUGGUUUUGUAACAGUGAGAUUGCAUCACUUUCCAAGUGUCCAAAUGAUUUAUACUUUAGUAUCAGUAAGCUAAAAUGUGAUCUCAAAGAACGGAUACCAGCAUGUGGGGGGAUCAAUGAAAAUGAAAUAAAAUCCAUCAUCUCUCAGAAGAAAAUUUCCAGGAAGUCAAGACAGGACUGGAAGGAACAAGUUACUCACAAGAUGUUGGAGUCUGACCGGAAACAAGGCGUUUGUGAAGAGCUGAAAGACGGGAAAUAUGCCAUUGGUAAAUGUUAUGGGAAGUUUCUUUUUUGCGUCGAUGGAAAGAGUUUGGUCGUUAAUUGUCACAACAAUCAGCUGUAUUCCCCUGAACUUCAGCAGUGUACAGAUGCUAUAAAUUUACCGUCUUGUCGAGAUUUUACGAGUCUGGAAACAACUACAGUUGCUGGAUAUUCUGUUUCAUGUUCUUCGCUUCCUGAUGGGACCUAUGAGAUGGGAGACUGUGAAAAAAGCUUUUCAAUUUGUCGUAAUGGAGUGGGAAGUAAUGCUUCAUGUGGCCCGGGUCUCGUGUACAAUGGACAAACAGGACACUGCGAUUAUGAAUUCAACGUUGAGAAGUGCCCACAGUUUAAAAAAAAUGAACCGAAAGAACAUGAAUUAGAUUUAGCACAUACAGGAAUCGUACACAAAGUAAUGGGACCUUACCGACAGCAAAAUGUUUGUCAAAAGUGGGAAAAUGGCAUGUAUGCAAUUACAAAAUGCUACGGGAAGUACCUUUUCUGCAUUGAUGGCAGAGCUCUUGUUGUUGUUUGCAGCGACGGACAACUAUUCUCACCUGAACAUCAGCAGUGCAUGGACAUUGAAAAGUUACCUUCUUGUGCUCAUUUUGCUAAACCGGAAACAACGACUACUCCUGGGUAA